AGCAGCCGCUCCGAGUUCGCGGUGUUGGCGGACAGCGAAAAAGAAGAGCAGAAGAGAAAUGGCGCUGUGGCUGGAAACUGGGUCUGAACCCAAAACGGAAAGCGAGAUUGCUGACCUUCAAGCUAUCGCCGCCAUUAAAGAGUCUGCUGCUCUUGAACUUAAGGAGCAAGGUAAUAAGUAUGUCAAGAUGGGUAAAAAGCAUUAUUCUGAUGCUAUUGAUUGUUACACAAGGGCAAUAAAUCAGAAAGUUUUAAGUGACUCUGAAAAUUCGAUUAUUUAUUCAAAUAGAGCGCAUGUGAAUCUAUUGCUAGGCAAUUAUAGACGUGCUCUUACAGAUGCUGAGGAGGCAAUUAAACUGUGUGCAACUAAUAUCAAGGCACUAUAUCGAGCUUCCAAAGCAUCUUUGUCCUUGAAUAUGUUGGAUGAGGCAAAAUCGUAUUGUGAAAAUGGACUAAAGCAAGACCCAAAUAAUGAAGAACUUAAAAAACUUGCUAAGCAGAUAAAUUCAUUGAAGAUGGAACAUGAUAAGCAUGAAGCUGAAGUUUCCAAGGCUGUAUCAGAUGCUAAGGACCUUCUUUCUGCAAUUGAAGCUAGAGGCUUGAAGAUUGGGAAGGCUAUGUUUCAAGAGCUUAUUGGAUUAAGGAAACCGGUAAUCGAUAAAAAUAAAAUUAUUCACUGGCCAGUUCUUCUUCUAUAUGCAGAGGUUAUGUCCAGUGACUUUAUUGAAGACUUCUGUGAAACGGACAUGUUUUCAACUCAUCUUGACAUGAUGUUUUCAGAAGGCUGUCCACCAUUACCGUGGGAUACAGAAAACAAUUAUACUCGUGAAGCUGUUGAACUCUACUAUGAGGCUGGUACUACAAUAUGUCUAUCCAAGUCGAAAAUUCUUCAUUGUUUACUAGAAGGGACUGCAGGUGCUAAUGCAGCAAGUGUUGGAGAAGAGAAGGAAGCAUUUGAGGAUUCUACUGAUGGCAACUCUACUGGUAGCACAGGCUCUUCAAAAUGGGUAAAAGUAAAUGAAAAGAGAACACUUCAUGAAGUUCUGAAGGAACGCGACUUUGUUAUCCCAGGAAUUCCAGUUUUUUAUGUUGUUUCUAAAACCUCCUACUUCUAUAAAAAGUUCAAAGCUGGUAAAUGGGCUCUUCCACCAUGAGAAGGUUGUGUUCAAUAGCGUAAGUAGUGCAGCUUGGUUCUCUUCCAGGCAAGCUUUCUUGACAGCACCUGAAUGCAUAGAAACCAAAUGUUAAGUACCUGAAGCACCCGUGUGCAUCUGUUGGGAAGGAAAAGCAAAUUUAUUAAAGGAACUUUUUUUCUUUUUAAUUUUUUAUUAUGAUCCACUGUUUUUGUGUUACAAAAAAAAGGAAAAUUCUAUAUUUUUUGGGUUUAUGUAGUUGAUUCAGUUUCCUUCUCUAUUGUUUAUAUGAAGAGAGUUUAAAGAGUAGUAUUAUCAUAUGUUAGCACUUUGUACCGUAAAUUCAAUGUUAUAUACUCAACUCAAUUCAACUAAACUUUUACUCCAAAAAUUUGGGGUCGGCUA